CACAAAAUUUUAACUUGUUCUGGCAUAUACUUAGAAAGUACGAAAUUCAAAAUGGAUAAGGACCUGGACUUUUUGAUUAAUGCCUUGUCGAGAUCCAGUUCACCAUUACGCACGAUCUACAGUCGAGACGAGUUGAUGGAUAUGCGCGACAGUUUCAUCACGCUGCAGAAUUUACUGCGUCGUAAUCCCAUUGAUAUAAAUGAUGAUAUCUCAUGCCAUCCGGUUCGUGUAAAAGCCGGUGGCAAUACCGACUGGAAUGUGCCACGUGCCACAGAAAUGCCCACGGCUGUGCCGCUGAUGAAAUUUCAAAUUCAGACGAGAAACGUGCAGACAUCGGCGCGAAACUCCGUUUCUUCGGUGCUGUUAAGUGAUAUACGUUUGGAUCGCAAAAUCAAUGAUAAUGACGACGAUGGUAAUGAUAACAAUUUCGAGCCUGGAAGUGAUAACAGUCGGGAAAUGACAGCAGAGUGCGAGGAUAGAGAAGCUAGUUGCAGUGAGAAUUUCCAGGCUCUGGUGCCGUAUCAGGUAGAGAAUUCCAGUCAGGAACUAGUCCGUUAUAGCGGGCCAUCUGAAUCGGAGGAUGAUGAAUUGGAAUCGGAGACGCUGUGUGCUAAUCCCAGUUGCGGUAAUACUUCGACACUAUCCUUUAGGAUACCCGUGGAAAUGGAGUAUGUCUGGUGUAAUCACGACUAUAAUGCCGAGAGCACCACCAGCGAUAUGACCAUUAUUGCCGAUGGCUGCAAUUUCAUUUUAAGCAACUAAUAAGGCAUACAGUUGAAGUUAUCACAGGAUUAUCAUUAAAUUAAAUCGCAUCGCUUGAAAGUAUACACACUAUAUCCCUUCGCCUCUUAAAAAGUCCUUGUCCGCCUGUUCAACAUCAGUUAUGCGACCUGUAAAGGUGAUUAAAACAUAAAAUUUUAAUUGAAACGCGCACAUUUGCGUAGGCAUUUUGAGCAUUUGAGCAUUUGGCCGUGCUGAACACUCACAAGCACUCACCCAGACACUCAUUCACACAUUCAGUGAGUGGAAAUGUAUUUUUGCCUGCGGUCAUUUAAUCAUUCCUUUGAGCCUGUCUGUGCCAUAAACAUACCCACUCUUCUGAUGAAAGUUUGCCUGGAAAAAAGUCCUAUACAUAUUU